GCCCGUUCUGUGCGUGGCACCAAGGCUGCUGCUUGGAAAACCCAGCGUUUCGGCUCCUGAUGGAGGACCCGCAGGUCAUCCCCGAGGUGCCGGCGGCCCUGAAGCGCCUGGCCAAGUACCUGGUGCGUGGCUUCUACGGCGUGGAGUAUUCGCUGGCGCUGGACGUGCUGCUCUGCUACCCCUGCGUCAAGGAGGACGCCCUGCUGCAGCUGCUGCAGUACGAGCRCAAGCAGCUCCGCGCCGUCCUCAACACGCUCAAGGCGGACAAGCUGGUCAAGCUGCGCGUGCGAGUCGAAACGGGGCCCAACGGGAAGAGCACGAGGCACAACUACUACUACAUCAACUACAAGGUGCUGGUGGACGUGGUGAAGUACAAACUGGACCACAUGCGCCGGAAGAUAGAGGCAGAUGAGCGGGACUCCACUACCAGGUCAUCUUUUAAGUGCCCGUCUUGCUCCAGCACUUACACAGACCUGGAGGUCAACCAGCUGUUUGAUGUAUUUACAGAGACCUUCCGCUGCACCUACUGCAACGCGGAGGUGGAGGAGGAUGCGUCGGCGCUGCCCAGGCGAGACGCGCGCACGCUGCUGGCCAGGUUCAACGAGCAGAUCGAGCCCAUCUUCCUGCUCCUCAAGGAGACCGAGGAUAUCGUCCUGCCCUACRACUUGCUAGAGCCCCAGCCUACAGAAAUCCCAGGAUUAUCAGAAAGCUUUGAUGAUAAGGUGUGUUCAAGCACGCUGGAAUGCAGCAGUCGACCCGAAAAAUGGGCCAGCAGGAGCUCCUCCUUUGGCAAUAUGUACACUCAAAAGUUAGUUAUAGAUGUCCAAGACUCUGAGCCCAAGAAGAAAACAAGAGAAAAAGUCACUAAAGAGCAACCUGUUUGGAUGUCACGGAGCACYGUGGAAGGAGCAACAGCAGCCACUACCAAUAGUGCUGGAGUGCAUCCUUCUGAGGAAAUUGAAGAAAAUGCCAAAGAAAUGGGCACSGACAGUGAAAUCAUUCAGACUCUUCUGAUUCAUGAAUCCAAGUCAUCCCUGGGCCCCAACCACGUGUCCCUGGUCAAAGGCAAAACCAAGCUACCCACCUCGGGAAGCGACACCAGUGAAGGUGAGGAAGAUGCCAAGAAUGCAGGAGCACCAGUGAUGGAAGAAGCUGGCAGCAACUUGGAGCACRAGGAGGAGCAGGAAACAGAAGAUCCCAUUUUAAUGGUAGCUGGGCAGCCUCGCUCCUACAGUGAAGUCAAUGAAAAUCCAGCGCUCGUGUCUCUCAUGACAAAUGAGGAGAGAGAAGCUUACAUAAAAGUGGGACAAGAAAUGUUCCAGUCUGUCUUUGAAUAAAGCACUAAUGCGAGCUUGUAAAGGAUGGGUGACCCUGCCUUUUGAGGAAAAAAUUAACUAUUUAGUUUGCUUUUCAAAAAUUCCCAGGGAGGGAUUAACUUCUGUUUGUUCUCCUUGCUGUUAGUUUUGCUAUUUUGCCUGAGUUUUACUUCUAGCUGGUAACUCCUGUUCUAAACACUAGUACUGCAGCAAAGGCACCCUAAAGCUAUGGGCUUUCCAUUGUCUUAAUGCUUGAUUUAUAGGAAUGCUUUAAUUAGUUUUGAGGUGUGAAUCAUUCCAUGACAGAGCUGCAACAAUCCAAUAAACCCAAUCAAGCUUCCAAAGCAAUGUCACAAUCUCUUCAAGRAAUCAAUUCCACCUUUUCCUCAAAGUAGCCAUUUCUUUGGGUAGCAUAAAUGAAUUUGCUUCUAAUAUAAUUUGGAUUUAUUCUGUACCACUGCAUUAUGAUUACUACUUUGCUACUUACUCUAGGGUAAGGAGCUAACCCUGCAACAGAUGUGUUGUACAUGAAUUUCCCUCUAAAGAAAGAUCUCUUAAAAAAUCAAUUUGCUCUAAGGUGCAUCAGCUUCAUCUAAAUUUCUGYCUUAAAAUGUAUCUAAAUUCCUUUUAUUUAAUACUCUACAUAACUGUUCUACAGUGAAGAUGCAUACAAAAAAUGCCUUAUACAUCCAAUGCUUAAUCAYCCAACCAGGUGCUUCCCACAGCUUUAGUAUGUGCAUACUGGGCAGCCCCUUGAUCCUGCACUGGACAAGCAAUUUAGCUGGCACAAAACCAACCUUAUGACACUAUCUCAUAUCAAAAAUUAAGGCUAACUUGAUGGAUAUUCUCUUAUCUUGRUACAGAUUUGGAAAGUAGUUAUGGCCCAGGCUUUCUUGUAGUUGUUUUAAGCAAGACCCAACAGCACUGAGCCCUUCCCUUUGGAGUGACCCUGGCUGUAAUAUUU